CUAAAUAGCAAAGCUUUUGAAAUUUAAAAUAAAAUGAAAGCCGCGAACAUUGUACGUUAAGUCUCGAACGGGAAAAUUAAAGCGAUCGUGUCGAUAGAUUUUAGAAUUGCGCAGAGCAGCAUGUGGCACGAAGUGGUAAUUUAUAUUUUACUCGUUUUGGGGGUGAAAAUGACCGUCGGAGUGGAAAAGUUUUGGGUUCCCGACUUGCAAUGGGAGACUGCGGAGAAUUGGGUGGACAAUCGUGUACCAAAGGACGACAGUCACAUAGUAUUCCCUUUGGAGACCAGGCACGCUGUUGGUAUGCCUAAUUUCGAGGAUUUCACUCUCGCUGGGAUCGAUCUCGCCAGAGCUGGGGCCUUGAUACUGACUAGAAACGGAAAGCUGCAACUGACCAGCUCCUCUGGAAAGAGGACCAGUCGAUGGCUGAGGGAGGGUCACCUCUUCUGGGCUGACCCUGAGAAUUGGAGGGGUGCCUCGAAGGCUGCUCCUCAUCUGGAGCAAGUCCCAUGCCGACAGGACGACAUAGUUCUGCCGGAUAGAAGCCGAGCUUUCAGCGUCCUUCUGCCCAUGAAGGAGAUAGAAGUGAGGUCCAUCAAAACUGCGGACGAGCAGCGCUCUCUGUCGGCGUGGCAAUGGGCGGACAUGGAGAACAGACGGGAGUUCGGCAAAGGAAGAUUCACCGUGAAGUACGCCGAGUACAGCUGCGAGAAGUGUCCCUGUCAGGAGGAUCCCAAUGGUGACUACCUGGAGGAAAUUUGCGCUAUUGAGAGGCCAAAAUGCGGAUUCACUCCUUGCGAGUAUCCUUUCAGAGUGGAAGGCCACUGUUGUCGUUACUGCGGCGGCAGACUGUCUUUGCCAAAGACAGCGUCUUUGUGGACGGUUCGCGAGGCGGUGAUCACCGUUAUAGAGGGAUACACGGAUAGAAUGGCGUGGCACGUCAGACGAACUGGUUCCGGGGCGGUCGAGGUCCUGAUAAAGGAAAAGGGCGAUUAUUCCGGAAUCGAUAUACUCAAAGUGGUGGAAAACAUCAAGGAGAACUUGCUAGCUAUGAAGAUAGACGUACUGAGCACGGAGACUACAGGCGCAGCUGUGGAAGAUCAUCGAGUGGCCGUCGCGCUGGUUCCAUUGCUCGUGUCGCCAUUCGUCGUCCUCCUACUGUUUUUCCUCGGUUUCAUGUACUUCGGUUACUCUUCCAAAUACAUCCUCUCGAGCUGCACCGAGAUUUUCGCGACCAUUCGCGAGGGAGUUCGCGCGGACAACACGCAGGGUGGCAAACCGUUUAGUUUCGCUCGUUUCGAGAACAUCCCCGAGGGCAACGUUCAGAUCGCCGAUGUGGCGGGCAUCAGCGAACAAAAGCCCGGGAACGACGAUCCAGGGAUCGUAGAACCCACCGGCGGCAGAUUCGAGAAUCCCCUGUACAGAUCUAAAAAAAGACGCAAGGAGCAGAAGGAUAUGAUUGAUAUGGAAGCUCCGCUCAGUCUGGCCGCCCUCAGAGAUAGAGUGGAAGACGGUGUCGAGGAAGUGGAAGUGGACAUCGAUCAGUGAAAUAUUUUAGGAAUCGUUGGAAGCGUCAAUGAACUCGGAGAAAGCUAUUUCAAUCGUUUUCUAAUACUUCACUACCUAACAACGAUGAUAUCAAUGUCGCUAUAGAGAAAAUGUCCAAUUUCUCGAUCUACGAAAAAUGUACUUCGAAAAAUUGAAUAAUUUAGAGGAACAUUACUUAGUUUAUUUUGCUGUGAUAUUUCGAAUACUCGAGCUAUUUUCGAUUUAUUUUCCUCUUCAGUUUCCCUCUUCAGUGCCGCGCUCCUUCUAUCUCUAAUUAUCUGUUCUUACAUCCCAUCCGUCUCUUUUUACAUAAAAUUCCUUCGCCGUCCUCCCGAUUCGAUAGUCUCUCCGGAGCAGAAUAGACGCCGACAAAGACGAUUCACGCUUUAAUUACGCGGGGAACCUAUUAAAGAGUUACCGGGGGCUCCUCGAUGGCGUCCCUACUACUUCUCAUUUUCCAGUCCUCGUUUGAACUUUAAGACCCAUCAAUUUCAGCCGUGAACACUGCCACUGGCUAUCGAG